AUGGCCAAUAAAGAUUGGAUUGGGAAAUUUCAAAUGAGCAAAGUUAUACACCUAUCAGCAUAUGCUUCGGAUCAUUUACCAAUUCUUUUACAUGUUCAAUCUUUUGUUCCACAAAUACGUGAGAGAGGAUUUAAAUUUGAGGAGUCUUGGCUACUUAUGGAGGAUUGUGAAGCUACGGUAAAGGGGGCUUGGGGUGGUGAGCUGGCUGUUGAGCAGGGAUUAGCUUCAACCUUGAAGAAAAUACAAGCUUGUGGAUCGGAAUUAAUGAGGUGGGGCUUGACAAGAACAACUUUGGAUGAAGAAGCUAUUAAACAAAUCCAAAAGAGGUUGGACAGAUUAAAUGAAGAGGAGAUGAUUACUGAUAGCAAGGCCGAAUACCUAGAGCUAAACAAAAAGAUGGAUGAGUUUCUCCAAAAACAGGAAAUUUACUAG